AUGCUUCAGGUGACUCUCGAGGUGGUGCUGGUGCUUUGGAAUCAGCUCAUCCACAUGCUGCUCGUGGUUCUGGUCGGUGAUGGGCUCGGUGUGCUUGUGGGUGCCUUGCGUUUGCUAGAGCUGUUUGGUCGGCUCAGUAUCAGAAUACUCAUACUGGAAUCGGUUUCAUCUUCAUUGGCUUCGAGGUUUAAUACUGGACCACUUCCUCAUUGUAUAACUGCAAUUCCUCCCCAUGCUCAAACAUUCUUCCAAGAAGCUGCUCUACACAGUGGAUCCUCAUCAAUAAUGUAUCUGAUGUCUAUACAUAGGGCACCAAAAAGGAAAAAUUUGGAAAAACCAUCAACUCAUGAAUCGUUAAUUGUUUGUCCAUGUGCGUUUCCUUCAAAUGCUAUUUCUUACCAUCCACAAGUUUAUUCAGCGUAUUUGAAAAAUGUUCUUGAAAUUCAUAAGAAUGUUUCAUUCGCUACUGUUAGAGACUAUAAAGACAUUGAAGCCACUAUAAGAAGAUUAGGUUCAGAAGUUGUUGUCUUUAAUUAUGAUUUUAUGAAACCAAAUUUAUCAGAUUUUCAACUUUCAUCAAUACACUGGGAAGGUAUACCUGAUUGGAAGAUGCCAGAUAUAGUUCAUUGGAUAAAGAAAAGGAAAGGAAUACCCAAAUUGUUACGGAAAAGUUCAUUUCAAUUUGACAUUGUAUCAAAUGCCCCAUUUUAUGAUCUCAGUGGUGCAUUGAACUCUUCAGAUAUCAUGAUUGAACAUUUCAAUUCAUUACUGGCUAAUGCUAAAUUGAGAUGGUCUAGAUUAUAGAACUACAUAGAUUUUGUUAACGAUAUAUAAACACAAC